GAUUUAUCUUUCCUUUACACUGCCGCAAAAACAAAACAAUUUAAAUCCAUUUGUUCUUCUAGAGUUAAGAGUCUAGAUUUACUGCUGUAUUUCUGAACUGCUAAUUGAUCUAUUUCUAGAUUAACAAUCUAUUUUCAUUAAAAUUGAUCAUCCAAUUUCUUUUAGCUUUACUAUUAUGAAAAGUUCAUAACGUAUUGAAGUGAAUCUAGCCUUCUUGAUUUCAAAUAAUUUGUCACUGAGCAAUAUGCCGCAAGAUCAGAUUUCAUAUUCUGACAAAUACUUUGAUGAUAAAUAUGAGUACAGACAUGUCAUACUGCCAAGUGAUAUUGCCAAGUUGGUGCCUAAGAAUCACUUGAUGACUGAAACAGAAUGGAGAAACCUUGGUGUCCAGCAAUCCCCAGGUUGGAUUCACUACAUGGUACAUGCCCCAGAACCUCAUGUGCUUCUUUUUAGACGUCCACUACCAAUAUCUCAACAGAGAGAUCAAAAUGGAGUUUCAGCACAUGGAGCCCCCAUAAUGAUUGGGUGACCUUGACAUCUCACUGUAUUUUAUUUUAAUUUUAUGUUCAUAUUGUUUAAUAUUUUGUUAAUUGACAUUGUUACUUCUUUGAUAUUCUGUAUCUACGUGUACAGGAAAAUGUAAAUGUAUUAAAAAUUACUGAUAAGAAUAUUUUGAUUGAUUUUAUAAACUGAUUAGUUCUAUCAUUUUUUGCUUUUAUUCAUUUAUUCCCUUUUAACUCUGUUUUUGUUUGUUUUAAGCUGCUAGUAAGCAACAAAAACAUUUUUUUACUAGAGUUUGAAGUGAAAAUCACUGCUUAUAUAUUGUUCUCCAUUAAUCACUAUUGUCAGAUACUGUUUUUUUUUAAUCCUUUGCCUGCUAAUGUACAGUGUUGUGUAUUGGGGGGUUUGAUUGCAAGAUAUUGUUCAUUCAUUUUUUUUUUAUGCUGGUUCACAUUUGUCUUCUAUAAAGUUUCAUGGCUUAUAGAAUGCAAUAAAUUCUCUGAUCAGUUCAAAGUC